AUGUUUGUUCAUUUUUUCUGUGUUGUUUACUUUGCGACAGAUCUAAUACUAUGAGAAAUUAACAUUUAUGACGGCAACCUUCCAUCUACAAAGAGCUGUUUUCCUUGGAUAAAUAAUAAUAAAAAGGCGCCUAUGUAAGUAAUGAAUGACAUUCAAUAUUGUAUCCUGUUAAUUUCAUUUCAUUAUAGCAGUUUGACAACUGAACUUUUCCAAAUAUUUAAAAACGUGUUCGUAUAUCUAGUUCCUCCUGUUACAACCACCAAUGUCGAACAGUAACUGUCCAAUCUUAUCAAAAACUUCAAAUACCAUGAGCUGAGAACAAAUAAUUUGAAUAGAACAAAUUUUUUACAAUGA